CGCUUUCAUUCAUGACAAACGAAGUAUUAUUUCGUUUCUUUCAGCGCUUGAACUGAAUUCAGUAAGCUGUCCUCUGGCAAAAUUAUGGAACUGAUAGUAUGAGUCAUCUACCGGAUAAAAGUCAAAAUCCUACUUCGAUGUUUAACAUGAAUUACAUUCGAUACCGUACUGAGUACACUGUACAGCAAUACACAGUAUUAUCUUUGCGGGUGGGAGCGAUAUUUUGAAAUGAUGAGCUACGGGCUAAAUGAUUCGAGAGAGUUGCACGAUUCCAGUUUGAAUUUUUCACUCUCUGGGGAGCUUGAUUCUUCUCAGUCAAAAAUUGGGAAGAUCGAUUGCUCACAGUUUACAAGGUCUCAAACUAUAAAUCCUGUUUUGCUUCCACCUUUUCUGUUGGGAGAAUCUUCAGCAAGGCAUUCAGUCAGUGGACAAACGAAACCAAAGGAAGAGAAAGUGCAAACCGAUGGCUCUUUCACAGCAUCCACACCUGAAUCAGAGAAACCUAAAUGGCCACCAGUAAGGACACAGAAUGACUUACUUGAAAAUUACAAUUUUGAAUAUUCACCAUGGUAUCCAAAGAAGCCAUGGGACAUCGAAACUGAUAGAUUGUCGAGCAAUGCAGCAGAGGCAAAUGGCCUGGACAAGCGCAGCCACUGGGCACGGCUGUGGGUCACUGUGCUCGGAGUGCCACCAUCGCUUCUCGGGCGGCGGAGGGUGUUGCGUCUCGUGGAGGACGUCUGCCGAGGUGGCAGGGGGUCAAUAUGUGAGGUGGCUGGCCCUGUCAUGGGAGGCCGCAAGAUGCAUCUCCGCAUGGUUACAGCAGAACUUGCUUCUCGCCUCCUGAGGAACAAUGGUGGGCUUCUCGAGAUGCCAGUUGAGGGACCUCCGAUUCGUGCAGAACCGUGCACCAAUCAGAGUAUACUGGACAGAUAUGAGGAACUAGGCAAAACACAACCCUCAGAGCCACAGAGGCGUGUUCUCUCUCCAGUGGCACAACCAUCUUGGCGUGGUGCUAACGAAACGGUGGGGUGGGCUGUUCGCCAGGCGCAAGCGAGGUACUCGGUUAAACCGGAAGUUGUCCCCCCUCAUAAACUUCGACGGAGUUGGCAGGAGGAACUGGUACAUCGAUAUUCUCUGUAGCAUCACAGUGUAUGAGAGAAAUGUAAAAAGGAAUUUUUAUAACUGGAAGACUGACGUGUGUUUCUGAAGAUUUUAAAUGACUUCCAGAUGACACAAAUUGAACAGGUGCAUGUGUAAUAACAUCUGGAUUCCCUGUAAUCCAGUAUUUUAUCAAUAAACAUGUUUAUAUUUUGUAAUUUUUGUAGUGUGUUCUUUCUAUUCUCUUUGCUAUGUGUCCAAAUGAUUUCAUGCUGUUGCCAUGACAAUUUCUUCACUAAAUCUGGGGCAUUGAUUAUUGUUCUAAACAUUACAGGAAUAGGUGUAUGCCUUAGAGAAAUAUUGUCAUGUAAGAUUUUGUUACUGUAUUCAUUGUGUGUGUGUGUGUGUGUGUGUGUGUGUGUGUGUGUGUGAGUGUGAGUAAUUUGCAAUUAUUUUUACUUGUUAAGAAAUGUAGAGUCGUCUGUUUUAGUCAAACAACUGAACUAUUGAAAUAUUUCACCAUCUCAGGUUUUGUAGACCACCAUGUUAACAACAAAAGGCUGAACUUCAUUUAGUCAGCUAAUCAUAAAUUGUUUUGAGAAAAAUUUAAUCAUUGUGCUAAAACUCUGCAUAUUGUUUGUUAGAUUGAUUUUUUCCCCAAAUUGAAUUUCAUUUGAUUUCUGUAACAUUUAAUAGAAUUGUAA